ACUAAACAGCUGUUCGAAUUUCGGCGGCAUUUCAUUUCGUAAACAAUUGUAAUACUUUAAACAUAAAACAUGGUUAAAACUAAGGGAAAUGCCAAGAAAUUUGGCAUGCAUCCGCGAAAUAUAUUACGCCAGCCACCUGAUUAUACAAAAUUGGCUAUAAAAUACAAGGAUUUUCGCAAAGAAUGCGAAUUGGAGCUCAAUGGAAAAGUAUCUGUGAAUUUUCGCAAUGAAAAGACCUUGCGUGAGUUGACCAAAAUGCUUUUAAAGGAAUACUUUGAUUUAAAUGUGGAUUUUGCACCUGGUAGUUUGGUGCCCACUUUGGCCCUCCGUUUAAACUACAUUUUAUGGCUAGAGGAUCUAAUGGAGCCGCUGAAAUUGCAGGAAAUCAGGGGAAUAGAUAUAGGUUGUGGUUCCUCAUGCAUUUAUUCUUUGCUGGGAGCCAAGAAAAAUGGUUGGCACAUGCUGGCCUUGGAAUCGAAACCCCAAAACAUUGAAUAUGCCAGGGAGAAUGUGAAGAAAAACCAUCUGGAAGAGCUAAUAGAAGUCUACGCUCAACCAGAUAAAACGAGCAUCUUCAGGAGCUACUUCGAGAAGCAACAAGAGGAGCUGCAGUACCACUUUUGCCUAUGUAAUCCUCCCUUUUUCGACUCCAACUUGGCCAAUCCUUUUGGCGGCAAUACCAGAAAUCCCGAGCGACGUCCUGCACCCAACAAUGCCAGAACUGGAAGCCAGGAGGAGCUAACCUGCGUGGGUGGCGAAGUCCGCUUUGUGCAGCGCAUUAUCGACGAGAGUCUGGAAAACAAGCUACGCAUGCGCAUCUUCACCACAAUGUUGGGCGUCAAGGCCAACGUGCCAAGGAUACUGGACUACCUGAAGGAGCGGCAGGUGGCGAAUGUCGCCACCACGGAAUUCCAUCAGGGACACACCACUCGAUGGGCGGUGGCCUGGAGUUUCCAUUCAGAGCCGCUAAACCAGGAGACAUCAUCUGACCACACACUUCGACAGAAAAAGGCAAACAGAAUCAGAAAGGCAACCGAAAUGGAGGCAAACACGCACACUAAGCACAAGUCGCCAACUUCGGUCAACGGCGGCAUUUCCACACCUUUGAUCCAGGGAAUUCGGACGAUUCGCUCGUCCGCCAUGUGGGACAGCAAAUAGCUACUUUUAAUUGCUGCACAGGCACGCUAUGUUUUAUGCCAUAGGUAUUCGACUGGGAAAUACCCAUUGAUUACACAAUAAAUUUACUUUUAAAAAUGGAAUUUGAUAGUAGCUAAACAGUAUUGAAAUUGUAUCAUCUAUUUGCUUUGUUAAAGUGACUUAGUUUUUAAA